AGAGAGAGUUUGGCUUCCUCGUUUGCUUCAACAUUCCAAGUCAUUGCGCUGCGACCUCCACUUGCUGCACAUGAAUUUCCUUGAAAUUCUCAACUAUUUUGAUGUCAAUUCCCUAUUCUGCACCCUUCAUUUCCUCAAAAUCCCACCACCUUCCACGCGUCUCUCUCCUCUUCGUCUUCUUCGGCCCUCCAAAUAUAUAAAUAAAAACAUUCAAAUCAACUGGAGCUAUCCACCUAUCUUUUAUCUCUUCGUAACGCCCCUUCGAAAGUUCACGCUCUUGCUCCUUGCAGAGUUCUGUAGGCAAUCCCGAUUUAUCAAUGAGGAUUUCAGCAAUUUCUCUUGAUUAAACAGUUCAAUGCCUGGAUUAGCGAUGAAUGAUUUAAAUAAGAAUAGUGCAUCAGAUGAACGUAGUGGGGGUUAUACAACCCUUAAGGAGAAUUUUACUCAGCAAGCAUCUCCUAGAAGUCCAUUUAGCUCUAGUAAUUUCCGCAGUGGCUCUAUUGAUCUGCCUAUUGAUGGUUUGGUGGACAACUCUAUCGAGCAAUUGUAUCGCAAUGUGUGUGACUUGCUGAGUUCUGAUCACUCACCCUCCAGGGUUAGUUUUUACUCAUAUGGUGAAGAGGCAAGGAUCGAUUCAGAAUUAUGCCAUCUAGUUGGAGAUUUUGCAGAUUUGGAGAUUACAAAGGAGGUAAUUACAGAGUCCAAAGUGGAAAGCGAUACUAGCGGAUCAGCUCCUGAGAAUGAUAUUGCAUCAAAUGGUAACAAGUAUGUAAAGAAAGAAGACAUGAACCAAUCAUCCAAAUCAACCUAUAAAGGCAAAAACUUGCGUGAAAAGCCACCCAUUGACAAGAGGAAUGAGAAGAAUUCCGGAAAAGGAAAUCCUCUUUAUAGUCUGAGGAAUCAGAGGAAUGUUGGUUUGCUUGGUGUGAAGCCGCAGAAUGGGCUUGAAGGCCUUAUUGAUGACCCAGACCUGGGACCAUUUUUACUUAAGCAAACAAGAGAAAUGAUCUCUUCAGGUGAGAAUAUGCAAAAGGCUCUUGAUUUGGCUCUUAGGGCUCUGAAUUCGUUUGAGAUAUGUGCAAAUGGGGAACCCAGUUUACAAAUGGUAAUGUGUCUGCACGUCUUGGCAACAAUAUACAGCAAACUAGGACAACAGAAUGAAGCCAUUCCUAUUCUCGAGCGUUCUAUUGAUAUUCCUGUUUUAGAAUAUGGCCAAGAUCACGCACUAGCUAAAUUUGCGGGGUGCAUGCAAUUGGGUGACACUUAUGCGAUGAUGGGGCACAUGGAGAAUUCGAUAUCUUUCUAUACACAAGGUCUGAAAAUCCAAAGACAAGCCUUGGGAGAAACAGACCCAAGACUUGGUGACACAUGUCGCUAUGUGGCCGAGGCCCAUUUCCAUGCACUGCAGUUUGAGGAAGCCAAGUAUCUUUGUCAGAAUGCUCUUGAUAUUCACAGGAAAAAUAGGCAUACCACUUCCCUUGAAGAAGCAUUGGACAGGAGACUCAUGGGACUCAUAUGUGACUCAAAGGGUGAUUAUGAAGUUGCCCUUGAACAUUAUGCUUCAGCAAGCAUGAUCAUGGCAGCUAAUGGCCAAGAAUUAGAUGCAGCUUCAGUUGACUGCAGCAUUGGAGAUGCCAAUUCAUUUUCGGGACGCUAUGAUGAGGCAGUUUUGGCUUAUCAGAAAGCACUCACAGUGUUCAGGUCAACAAAAGGAGGUGGUCACGCAGUUGCUUCAGUUUAUGUCCGUUUAGCGGACUUGUACCACAAGAUAGGAAAGCUUAAGGAAUCAAAAUAUUACUGUGAAAACGCAGUCAGGAUUUUUGGGAAGACCAACCUGAGCCCUUGUAUCCCCUCAGAAGAGAUUGCAAGUGGGUUAGUAGAAGUUGCUGCUACAUAUGAAUCAAUGAAUGAUAUAGAGCAGGCAGUGAAGUUACUGAAGAAGGCGUUGAAGAUAUAUGAUAAAACCCAUGGUCAACAAAGCACCAGCGCGGGAAUUGAGGCCCAAAUUGGGGUUAUGUAUUAUAUGCUAGGGAACUAUUGUGAUUCUUACAACAGCUUCAAGAGUGCCAUUGCCAGGUUUCGUGCCAGUGAACAGAAGGAAUCUGCUUCAUUUGGGAUUGCACUGAACCAGAUGGGUCUUGUCUGCGUGCAGCUUUAUGCAAUAAACGAAGCGGCAGAAAUGUUCCAAGAGGCCAGGAGUAUAUUGGAACAAGAAUAUGGCCCAUAUCACCCCCACACCUUAGGGGUCUGCAGCAAUCUAGCGGCCACUUAUGACGCAAUGAGCAGGGUGGACGAUGCCAUAGAAAUUUUGGAAUAUGUGAUUGGCCUGCGAGAAGAGAAGUAUGGGAGAACUUCAGAUUUGGACGAUGAGAAGCGCAGGCUGGCAGACUUGCUGAAAGAAGCAGGGCGGGCACCAAUAACAAAACAUCGAUGACAUUACAAAAGACAAAUUUCGGCCAAUUCUAACUUUAAAAGACGACGACAUAGACAUCACUUAAAGCAGGUAUUGUCACGGACAAAGGAGCAAGGCCCAAUCAAGGUUCUAGCCCAGCAGAUGCGACUGAUGCGAGCGGAGCUUGGGUGGAUGUAGUUAUUGGGCAGAGACGCAGUUGUCGAAUUAAAAGACCCACGUGGAAGCUUAGAUCCAUGGUUGACGUAAAUGAUAAAUGAGCGAGAGAGGAGUUAUGAUGGUUAUUCUUCUGACUCUCUCUCUCAGUGGGCAGUACUAUCUGCAUUUCCUGAAUUUCCGUUACGCUUUCUGCUAUCACCGAAUUGUCAUGAUCCAUGUUGAGGCAAUAAAUAAUUCAUUUCAUUCCA